AUGGAGAGGGAUGCGUUCUGGCCCAAGGCGGCGGGCCUAGAGGGUUCGGUUGCGGCCGGGGCCGAGGCACGGAUCCAGCCGGUGGAGGCCGGCAAGGUCCGGCGACGGGACGAGAUGGAGAGGGCGCCGAGGGAGGAGGCGACUACCGCAUCGAGCGAGACCGGCACUGGCGCCGGCCAACUCGCUGACGAGCAUACCCGCAAGCGGGCCAGGCCACUCGAGGCCGGCAUGCCGGUGGGGAUGCAGCCGUAUCCUGUCGGCCCGCCGCCGCCGUUUGCGCUCAACACCAUGUUUGACGACAUGGCGAUGAUGCAGAUGCAGGCACAGGCGGCAGCGCUUGCGCAAGCGCAGGCGCAGCAGAUGCACGCACAGAUGCAGGCGCAGAUGGCGGCGGCAGCGGCGGCGUCCAACUCGCAGAGCUCCGAGUCGCACGGCUCGUCGGGCAUGUCGGGCGGCGACAUGAUGCACGACAUGAUGGGCGUGAACCCGUUCGGUAUGAUGCCGAUGGACAUGUUGAUGAACUCGAUGAUGAGCGGCGAGUCGCCGUUUGUGGCGCCGGCCAUGCUGCCUGCGUUGGCUGUCGGCGCGCCGGUCAUGGCUCCGGGCAUGGGCUCGCCGUCAGGCAUGUACCUCGCGUCGCCAUCGGGCUCGUCUACGCCAGGCGCCAACAUUGGCUCGGGCGGCUCGACGGGCUCGACGAGUCCGGCGGUGAGCCCGGCCCGCGCCGCAGUCCUCACCCUCCCGUCGGCCGCGUACGGCAUGUCGCACCCGGUCUCGCUCAUUGCGGUCCACCCGAAUCCGCUCAGCGAGCUCGCCGACAUUGCCAUUGUGGUCACGGCGCGGACGCUCAAGAAGUUUAUUGUCGAGUCUUCGGAACGGCUGGUGGUCAAGAAGGAGGUUCCGCUCCGCCGGGCCGACCAGAUCGAACUUGCCGCUCUCCGCCGGCUGGGCAAGCGUGACCCGUCGGUCGCCCUCGAGCUUCCUAAGUCCAACAUCUUCCUCUGUGGCGCUGAGGAAAUCUUCCAGCUCCUUGCCGCCCCCCGCUUCCGGUCCGAGUCGCUCAUGGCCGAGGUCCGCGCCAAGUUUGAGGCCGAGUUCAAGCCGCUCAUUGGCGUCGUCGUCGCUUCGGAGCCGACCUCGCCGCCCUUGGCCGCGCCGCAGCACCCCUCGCCUGCCGCCGCCCCGCCGGCCCCGCUCGUUCCGCAGUCGACCAACCCAAUGGUCCACAUGGGCAAUCCCAUGGAGUCGCUCGCCGGCUUUAAGACCUCGGUCACCUCGGGUGCCACGUACAGAGUCACCGCACACCGCAACUUCCUACUCUUUGAGAACAUGCAGGUCCCGGCGUCGAACCCACCGCCGCCACCGGUUCUCUGCCACAACUCCAUUCCGGGCUCGCCGCUGCAGUACCGCGACGUCCGCACCGCCAUCGUCUUCUUUGCUCCCAUCCCGCUCGAGUCGCCGUCCCAAGUCCACAUGGUCGUCAACCUCAAGCUCUUCAAGUCGCUUAUCGAGAUCAAGGCCGUCGCCUCCAAGCUCCGCCUCUCGCGCGACUUGCCGCUGGCCAAGCCUACUCGCCGCGAGUCUGUCCACGUUCUCCCUGUUGAGAUCAUGGUCAAGAAGUUGGCCACUGCCCAGUUCCAGUCGCCGGUCUCGUCGGUCGCCCUCAAGCAUCUUCUCGAUGCCGCCGUCGCCGAGUGUCUCCACGCCGACCUCGAGUAUCGCGAGUCGGUCUUCCCGCCGUUUGUCCCCGUCCUCGCACUCGAGCCGUACGCCGCCACCGGCUGGGACAAGUGGUCGCACGCUCAGGUCUCGCUUCACAACAAGUUCGGCCUCUCCGCCCCGGCCGAGCAGAUCUUUGAGCACUUUGGCUUCACGCCCGCCGCCGUCGCCGAUCGCGCCACCGCCCUCGUCGCCUACUACACCGACGCGGGCUACAAGCCCGAGCCGCUCAUGCGUCGCUGGUAA